AGGACCUGAGAGAAGCCAUGUUAAUUGCUCAGGAACAUGCGACUAAAGAACAAGGCAGACAGACGAGGCUCUACAAUAGGAAAGUGAAAGGAGCAACAAUUGAGAUUGGAGACCGUGUACUUGUGGCCAAUAAGAAAGAGAGAGGGAAGAGGAAGGUUGCAGACCGCUGGGAGCCGACUGUUUACACUGUGAUGGAUAAGAAUGCAAAGACACACACGUACAAAAUACAGAAUACUGUCACAGGGAGUGAGCGGGUGGUUCAUCGUAAUCUGCUCAUGCUGGUGAACUUCCUUCCCGUCCAAGGUGUGCCACAUUCUUCUCCGUCUGACCUCUCAAUGUCUUCUGUCCUGUCUUCUGUCCCUGAUGUCCAUUCCAUGGCUUCAGGUCAAACUUCAUCCAAGCAGACGGAAGACCAAGUGUCUGUCCAGCAAGAGUCUCAACAUAGUGUGGAAGAUGUCCAGAGUCUUAUGAGUGAUUCUGAGCCUGUAAAUUAUUUGAAUGGCUGUCUGCCCAGCUCUAAUAUUGAGAGUCCAAGUUCUGAUGUCUUGCCAGUGUUACCUGUUGCUAAAGAAAGAACCAGAGAGUGGGUCAGUCACUUGAAUACACCAGGUCACCUACCUGACUCUCUUGAGAGAACUUUCAGUGAGCCACUUGCUGACCCGACUGACGUGUUGUCUGACGAAGCAUCAGAUUUGUGCUCUGGACCCUCUUACCCUACUCACACUGACGAGACUGUAGUUAAAGAUGCCUUGACUGUUAGUGAUCACAACACAGCUUGUUUAGUUACUUCUGACACUGCACCCACUGAUGUACACACUGAGUUGUCUGAGCCUGUACCACAAACUACUACACGUUUGGGUCGUGUUAUUAGACCAGUCAACAGACUCCUUUAUACUAUAGCUAGACAAGAUAUCACUAAACGAUUGCAGCAGAAUGUUCGGACUGUCUGCAGCUCUGUUGUUCAAGCUCUUAGGGCAUAAGUCUUCUGCACCUUAUACCUGGUGAAUUAUGUAUUGAUAGUUUUGGGCAAGUGUAGAAUGUGUAAGGCAUUCUUCAUCCGGUGGUUGGUUGGAGAGUUUGACGUCUCUCUCUGUCCACUACAUCCUUAAAGGAUACCUUUUAUAUGGUCGGACUUUUAGUGUAGUCCCUUGACAUUUGAUGAGCUUUGGGUAUAGUGUUGAAGCAGGUGUGUAAUUUUGUCCAGAAUUCAGUGGGGGGUGGGUGUAACAGAGUUGAAAAUAACCUCACCUACAUAAAGUGAAUUCUUUCAAAAUUAUGAUAUUACAUUGUUAUUGUAAUCUCUAUUUUUAUAUACACUGGUUUUUAUAUGUUUAAAAUGUUUUCAUAUGUCGUACCCAUUCACAUGAGUUUAAAACAUGAGACAUUGCGACUGCAAUUGUAUUUUCAUUUCUACUUUGCAUUUCAAUAUUUUGAGCAUUUGCUCUUCCCGUACUCCAGUCAGAACUAGUCUGCUGGAGGUAAGCUGUGCAUAGAGAGUGCUCCGUGAAUAAUUUUGUGUUUUAAUAUAAAAUAACAUGUUUGUCUUCCACACUGGUUCAAAUACGUAUAUACAUAAGUUGUAUUAAUAGAUAAUUUCUGCAAGUAAUGCUAGAGUGUUGUCUAAGAUGGUAUCUAAUUGAGCCAUUGUGGCCUACGUCUUUUUGGCGGCAGCCACGUUAUGUUAGCUAGCUUUAUGAAGAAAACACUUGCAAUUUCUUGAUUUCCUUUUUACGUUUAUACUGUAGAUUUGGGUAUGCAGUCGUCAUCGUCUAAUCUCAGUGGAUUCUUUGUUUUAUUUGUGAAUGCAGGUACGUUGUUUAUACUGUUAAUGAAUCAUUGCUUGUUGUGAAUUCAAUGGAAAAAAACUAUACGAUCACAACGUGUGAAACGUGUGCCAACUCUGUAUGUUGUUUCUUCUGCAUGAUUUUAUGUUUGUUUAAACUGAAUUGAACAAGCUAUGCAUUAUUUUAUCUAUGUUCAGGAAUAGCAUAGACAAUGCUAGGAGUCAGAACUAGUCUGCUGGAGAUUUGGGUAUGCAGUCGUCAUCGUCUAAUCUCAGUGGAUUCUUUGUUUUAUUUGUGAAUGCAGAGAAAUAAAAACAGUGAGAAGAGUU